UUCUCACCGAACCCGAGCUCUGUAAUUUCUUCAUCAUCUGUCUUCCAUUCCUUCCUCUUCAAUUUCCUUAACCAAUUUGGCUUUUUUUUCCUUGGUCCAUCAUCAAUGGCGUCUGCAGGAUCAUUUGUAGCUCCCAAGACCAUAUCUUCAGCAAUUAGGGCACUUGAUUCAAGAUCAUCUCUUUCCUAUGCUCAGAAUCAGAAACUCUUAGGGUUUAAGACUUCCGACGCAUCAUCAAGCAGGACUCUCAGAUCUGUCAGUACCCACAAGAAUAUCUCGAUCCGGAGGAGCAGGACCACGUCCUUCUUCUGCAAGAAAGAGAAUCAUACAACAGAUUCUUCUUCCACAUCCAGACCCACCAAAGUUCAGGAGCUUUGUGUGUACGAGUUCAACGAAAGAGACCGUGGAAGCCCUGCGUACCUUCGUCUGAGCCAGAAACAGGAGAACUCAUUGGGCGAUCUCGUUCCUUUUUCCAACAAGGUUUAUAGCGGAGACUUGCAGAAGAGAUUUGGCAUAACAAGUGGGCUGUGUGUGUUGAUCCAACAUGUACCAGAGAAGAAAGGAGAUCGAUAUGAAGCGAUCUACAGCUUCUACUUUGGUGAUUAUGGUCACAUAUCGGUGCAAGGGGCGUAUCUGACCUACGAAGAAUCGUACCUUGCUGUGACUGGUGGAUCAGGGGUGUUCGAGGGAGUUUACGGGCAAGUGAAAUUGCAGCAGUUGAUCUUCCCUUUCAAGCUUUUCUACACAUUUUAUCUGAAAGGGAUUCCUGAUUUGCCUGCUGUGCUCUUGACUAAGCCAGUUCCUCCAUCUCCUACUGUUGAACCUUCACCUGCUGCAAAAGCUCUUGAUUCACAGGCCACCAUUCCCUACUUCACAAACUGAUGCUUCUGCCUCUGCUUCUGCUUCUGCUUCCAUCAUAUGAUCAAUGGCCUCUGUUUUAGUCCUUUUGUUUUUUUCCCUUUGUAUUUGACGCUUUAGCUUCUUUACCAUUCUCUUUUAUUUAUUUUUGUAUCUGUUUUUUUUUUUCUUUUGGUAGAAGUUUGUAUCUGGUUACUGUGCAAUGUAGGGAAGACUUUUUGUUU